AUGCCUGUGAAUUCUCUCUCAGGCAAGAAAUGGGCAUCUGAAAACCGAAUCCCGUGGGCUACUCCUGAAGACCUGUGUACUACGGCGAGUUCCUUAAUUCCAGAGGAUAACUUCGCAUCGUCCGAAGUAACGUCGUGGGCCGCCGUCCCGUCCGGAGGUCCGAGACGACACCCCUUUGCCGGCCCCGGGGACGAGGCGAGGCGUGGCGGAGGGCUGCGUCAGGCGGCGGGCAGCCACUGCCGGUGGCGGGGGGCGGCCGAGGGCGGCAGCAGCCCCAGCCCCGAGGCUUGGUCGCGGGCGCCCAACGGCAGCGCGGGCGGCUGGGACCCGUUCGGGCGGGACGAAGAGCUGGCCAAGCUGGAGAUCGCCGUGCUGGCCGUCACCUUCGCGGUGGCGGUGCUGGGGAACGGCAGCGUGCUGCUGGCGCUGCGGCGCACCCCGCGCAAGGCGUCCCGCAUGCACCUCUUCAUCCGGCACCUCAGCCUGGCCGACCUGGUGGUCGCCUUCUUCCAGGUGCUGCCGCAGCUCUGCUGGGAGGUCACGCACCGCUUCCACGGCCCCGACGGGCUCUGCCGCGUCGUCAAGCACCUGCAGGUGUUCGGCAUGUUCGCCUCGGCGUACAUGCUGGUGGCCAUGACGGCCGACCGCUACAUCGCCGUGUGCCACCCGCUGAAGACGCUGCAGCAGCCCACCAAGCGCUCCUACGCGAUGAUCGCGGCCGCCUGGGCGCUCAGCCUGCUGCUCAGCACCCCGCAGUACUUCAUCUUCAGCCUCAGCGAGGUGGAGCGCGGCUCGCGGGUCUACGACUGCUGGGCGCACUUCAUCAUGCCCUGGGGGCCCCGCGCCUACGUCACCUGGAUCACCGGCGGCAUCUUCGUGGCGCCCGUGCUCAUCCUCGCCACCUGCUACGGCUUCAUCUGCUUCCGCAUCUGGCGCAGCGCCCGAGGCAGGGCGCGCCCCGGGGCGGCGGCGGGCGGCGGCCCGCGGCGGGGGCUGCUCCUCGCCCCCUGCGUCAGCAGCGUCAAAAGCAUCUCCCGCGCCAAGAUCCGCACCGUCAAGAUGACCUUCGUCAUCGUCUCGGCCUACGUCGUCUGCUGGGCGCCCUUCUUCACCAUCCAGAUGUGGUCCGUCUGGGACCAGCGCUUCCCCUGGGUCGACUCUGAAAACACUGCAACCACCGUCACCGCCCUCCUGGCCAGCCUGAACAGCUGCUGCAACCCCUGGAUCUACAUGUUCUUCAGCGGGCACCUCCUACAGGACUGCGUGCAGAGCUUCCCUUGCUGCCAAAAGAUAAAGCAGACGCUGAGCAAGGAGGAUUCGAACAGCAACAGCAGGCGACAGACUUCUUUCACCAACAACCGGAGCCCGACGCACAGCCUGAACACCUGGAGGGAGUCGCCCCACUCCAAGUCCACCAGUUUCAUCCCUGUGCCCACCUGAGGCCCUGGGCAGGUGGGCCUGAGCACUUGGGGCAUGGGCACCGGCCAUGGCAGCAAUGAGGGACUAGGUUGGCCACGGGCUGACACGUGUUGCCUUGCUUGGUGAGCUAUUCCGCAGCUUGUAGGUUGUUGUGUGAAAGGUAUUUAGGGCUUGGGCAACUGAUCAGGAAGGUGUGACGAUAAUAAAGCAAUUAUUUUUCUAAAUAGAAUUUAAUCUUCAUUUUAUUUUUCGUUCUAAAGUAAUGCUCAUGCCAAGCUGUACAAAUAGCAGAGUUGGCCUACAUUGGAGUAGCCUUGCUCUCUAGCAUUUAACGCCUAAAACUUCUCACACAGGGAAAGAAGAUGCAAAAGCAAGAUCACAGUUUGGUCUGAAACACCAAAAGGAAGGAGUUGGAAGAAAGUCCUCACUGACCUGACUAGGACAAUUUAAUGACCAAAUGUAACAGCCCUUGAGAAGGCAAAUCCUCGCUGCUGUUAGUGUAUGUGUGUGGACUGAGGUGUUUGAAUUUUAGGGUGACAUCUCCUCUUCAUGUUGAUGGAGGUUAUACCACAUUUUUGUUUGUUUUGUUGUACCUAUCUUUAAUUUUUGUACCUAAUUUAAAGAAAUACUGUGGUGUAUCAGUAUCAUAGAAUCAUUAAGAUUGGAAAAGACCUCUAAGAUCAUCAAGUCCAACUGUCAACCCAUGACCACCAUGAUACCACAGUGAAUUCAAUUCCCAACACUUUCCCUUACAAGUGAACACUGAGAAUGUUGUAGGCAAAAGGAUCCAAUCCUUAUUGCUUGGCAUUAUCAUCACUCAAAAUGAAAAUGGAGAUCCAGAGCACCACUUAGCAUCCAAGCUCAUGUAAGGCAGGCAAUGGCAUCUGAGUCUGAGGGAUAGGGUGUUGGUAUGGUAAGUUCUGACUAGCUCAGCAGUAUUGCAGACAGACACAUGAAGAGAACUCAUUAUGACUCCCAGAACCACUUGCAUUGUGGGAAAUAGUUGUCUCCUUUUCGUCUUCACAAAGACAGCUAGUAUUGAGCCACAUCUGGUUUUUAACCAAAUAGCCCCAUCAGUCUGGGAGAAUGUUGCUAUUAGGUAAUGACAACAGAAUCAGUACAUUUGAAGACAGAUUUGGGAAUUAAGCUUGCAGAUCUUCUGGGAAUAUAUAAAAAUUGUCAAAGAUAUUUGUGCGUGGUAGAUGAUGGCAAUGUGGGAUGCGAAAAUGGCAGUAAACUACAAUAAAGUCACCACACCACAUUUACUAAUUGUCAGGCUCUCAAGGGGAGCUUGUUUCCACUACAGUGCAUGCCAAGCCAAAAGUAGUUCCUACUGCUUCUAAAUAAUCCUGUUCUGUCUUUCUAUGGAGACUGUGCUGUACCUGGUUUUGAAGAUCUCUGAGUAGUUUUUGCUGUGCUAUCAAAAUCCUGAAGACCUCUUUUAUGUGUCCUUCAUUCACAGUAGUGAAACCAAAAAGGGACUUGGUGGUUUUCAGCCAGCACGUGUGAUGCUCUGUUCCCCCCAUAUGCUCCAGUUUCCUCAGCUGUGUGGGUCCUGACAUGCAGCCAUUCCCUUGGCACUGCAUGGGACUCCUGACGUGGUUCCAUCUGGCUGUACAAAUGUGUGUGCUUCUGUUGGCAGGAAGGAUCCUCAGCAGCACAUUUCUUUGUUUUCCCACCAAACCCAGACAACCAAUAUUGCUUCCCUAAUUGCUUAAGGAGAAAAAAAAUGGGGCUGCGAUGGUAGCUUUCACAGAAGGUGAUGCUGGCCCCAUGCCUCUCUCAGUAGUGGUAGCAGAAAUUUGUAGAACAGGAUCAUAGAUCAUAGUCAACCCAUCAUCCACUCCAUGAGCUCCCAGUUGUAUCACUGACUAUUCUGGGCAGUGAAAAAGGAAGAAUAUUGCUCAAAAAUAAGAAAUUAGAAAACAAAAAAUGAGGUUUUAUUGUCACCAAAGAAAAUCAUUGCUCUUUUCUCUAUAUUUUUGUUGGUAUAUUCUGCACUCCAGGGGAGCAGUCUGUUCUGGUUUGUUCUUGGUGGUAUCUAAAACACUAGAACCCAAAGGAAAGCACGAUGGAAUGGCUUUUAUUUAGCAGGCUGCCUUCUUGGCCACCGUUAGGACACAGAUAUGACUGCAACUCUCACCAGUUUUGGGUGAAGCUAUAUGAUGAAGAAGUUAUAUUUUAGUACGAAAAAAUGCAUGCAAUGGCAUUGUGUGUGUGUAUUUGUGCACAUUAUAUAUACUGCCUAUACUUCACAAGUGGGUAAUUCACAAUUACUGGAAUUACGAAUCUCUCAAGUUAAGUAUAAUAUUCUUUGCCUGGCUGUAUAUUUGUGGUACAUAUGCUCUGUACAUAAAAUAGAAAACACAAUUAGCUGUACUAACAACAUUUUCAUGUUUGUGAUUUGAAUUGGUUUUGUAUUACACUUUUUAUUCAAACAGAGAAGACUGAGAAAACAAGCAUACAAUAAUAUCGAUUAUAAAGCUAAGCUGGGUAAUGACUAGCAGACCAAAAGAGUGAACUGACUCAAAAUUAUAAUUUUCAGUUUCUUUCAAGUAAGUUACAAAGCCCAGGCUUAUACUUGGGACAAGUCAAUGUAAGUGUACUCCGUGAGUGUUCUGCAGUUUCUGUAAUUAAAUCAAUAAAACAAAUUUGGAGUAUUUGAAUUCCAGGCAUUUUUGUAAACACCAAGUUAUGUUGGUUUGUUCUUUUGUUUGUUUUCACCUAAUUGUAACCUUGGAAGGUACAGUCCAUAUCUUCUUAUUGUUCAUCUGUACAGAUGCUUUUUUUAUUUUCUUAACAGCUGCUUUGAGUUCUCAUGAGGGCACGCGAAUGAGAACAGAAGGAUACAAGAAGCGUUGAAGCCAUGACAUGUUUAAAAUAUGGCAGCGUACUCUAAUAAACUCAUCUAUGUCUGAUGACAA